AUGCACGGCAAAGAUAAAUUCCAUCCGUUUCUUCUGGCUGAUACACUGGCACGACGAGCGUCCUUUUCAAGUUGUUAUUUAAAGCUUUGAAUACGACCCAAUCCUUUGCCUGUCAUGCCUAGCAAAACAAUCUUCGUUUUGUUGAUUUGCUUGGCCGCUCUUGUAACGAAAAUUGUGCGCGCCGAGUAUUGUAGCUCCGACUUCUCGUGCAAUUAUGGUUCAGGCAGAAACCGAAUAUGCUGUAACAACCAUUGCACUUAUUCGCCUACUUGCGAUGGUUAUUCCUGCAGUAUGGACUCUGAUUGCAAUGGAGGGUAUGCGUCACUGUCUUGCUGCAACAGUGUUUGCCAAUUUGGCGACUGUUACAACCCAGUCCCUGCAAUAAUCGGCAGUCUUGUAGGGAUAGGAGUUGUUGUUGUCAUCGUCACUGCCAUCAUCUAUUUCUGUUGCUGUCGAAGACCCGUGCGUUCCGCUGGAGGACGAGUCAUUACUGCCCCGCAACAGCAAAUCAUAACAACAACAACCACUAAUUAUCCUCCGCCCGCAAUGCCUUACCAAGGAGCCCAAGGGCCCUACCAGCCGCCAGGCUAUUAUCCGGGGUAUGGGGCACCACCACAAGGAAACUACGCCGGCGGUUAUACCUCUGGAGGUCAGCCUUCCAUGGGCAUGGAUAAUGGAGGGGCAUCUUAUGCACCACCACCAUCAUACUCCGAAUGUGCCCAGGAACCAGCCAAAAGUGUUGUUUUGCCAUCAGGUCAACCCACGUCACACCCAAUAUAGACUCUUCUCUAAAGGAAAGAGGCUACAAAAACUUUGAGUAGGAAGGAUGUCAGUACCUGUAUUUUUUGUUUUAUAGAGCAGUACAAAAACACUAGGGAUGUAUCUAGGAGUUGUUGUGCUAAGCCCUCUUCAAAGCCACAGCAAAUUUUUCUAGAAGUUUUUAUGUCCCUAGGUUAUUUGCGUACAUGUUGUUUAGAAAAUGGAGCUAGUUAAAUAUGGUACAAAAUCAAGUUCAAAGUUGUUCAUUAAGCCAUAUUUCAGCUAGACUCCUAACAGUCACAACUGUGUUAAGCAUUUCACUUCUAUUAAUUCAGCCGGCUCAGGCCAGUAGCUGGUGGGGGGUUGGUAGAACCCCCACUCAACUGGAAGGUCCGCUCUAAUGAAGGAAAAUUAAUUACCACUGAUUGCUAGCUAGGAUGAGCUAUGGGUAAACAAACCCCUCCGCUCAUAAUCCUGGCUACCAGACUGCAGAUUAAAUAAUUAUUGAGUUAGUGAACAGGCACAUACCCAGGGUUGGGUAAGGGUGGUGCAAAGUCAUAGGUAUCAUAUGGAGAGUAUUUACAAUCCUUCGAUAAGGAAUAACCUACUUUUUGGCGGCCACAGGGGGAUGCUCAAACACCCUGUGUACAAUGCACCUGGUAAAAUUUGCUGACUGGUGCUUGUGGACAACCCUAGGGAGGGGGUGGAAGAAAAUAGAAGAAGAAAAAUACUGCGCACAUCUGGGUUCAGAACUCCUUUUGAGAUUUUGGAGGAUUUAAAAAGGCAUUUUAUGCCAUUCCCAGUUAUAUAGAUUCAGUAGCUGAGAUCCCUACUAGGGGCAGGUUGGUAUCCUUAUGUAGUGAAGGCACAAGAAAAUAAAUGUUAGCCUUUUUUCCAAAAUCCUAUCAUAAUAGUGAUGUAACAAAGAAAAAAAAAAACAGACAAAGCAAGUCAGCGAUAAUUUUUAAAGAGUGUGUUUAAAAUAAAUGGUUAAGAAUAUUAAAUAAUUAUUAUUGAUAUUAAAUAUAGGCUUGAUUUCUUA